AUGACAUAUGCAAACAGCACGGCCGCGCUGCGCCGCCUCGCGACGCACGCAGGAGCUCUUAUCGUCCUGGCUGGCCAGACAGAUGACGCUAUUAGAGCGCGCGCCAGAAGGGCCCGGCUCCUCGACCACGACGGCGGCGGCGGCGUCAGAGACUGCGUCGGCGUCAGCGGCGCCAGCGCGGCACCGGGCGCGGGCGCGCGCACGGGGCGACGAGAAAAGGCUUCACCAACCGCCCGGCAACUCGGGACGGCGCGGCGAGGCGGCCGCCGCCACCGCCCCGCCGCGCCGCGCCGCGCCGCCUCAACCGCCGCCGCCGCCGCUUUCGGCGACCAGAUGAACGACAAAACGCGGCGCCGCGCCCCAGCCACGCCCCCCCGACGCCCAGCGCCGGCGCCACGGCGUCGGCUACGCGGCGACACACGCCCCGCGCGCCCGCAAGGAAUGAAAACGGCGGCGCUGAAGUUUCAGAAGCCAUAAGUAAAAAUAAUUCUUAUAAGCAAGUUAAAAUAUCGCAAAAGUGAUCGCUUUGAUUUAUAUACGUUUUACUACCUUCACCUCCAAAUGAACAUUUUUGGAAAAAAUAAUUGUUCCAAAUGAAAAUCAACUUUUUUAAAUUUUGAAUAUGUGUAAUUAUCUGUAAUAAAAAUGUUCAAAAUAAAUAGUUAUAAAUGCAG